AAGUCCCUGGCCUUCCCACAUUCUCCAUGGCUGCCCAAGGCCCAGGCAGCUCCUGGGUGCUGGGCUGGAGGAUGGGUGGGUUCCUAACUGAAACCAAGCCCCUGGCAACCUCCCAGUGAUUCAGGCUGGGUCUUUCUGGACUUUAAUCAGUCUCUCUCUCUCUUUCCCAGUCUAAGUGCUUACCAGGUAACUGGAGGUCACUUGGCUGCUGAUUUUGGCUGGGUCCUUCUGGACUUUACCUCUCAGCCCCUGUUUAUCCAUUCAUGUUUACUCUCCCUGUUCUACCUCCAGCACUGCCCGUCCCUGCCUCUCUCCACUGUCCUGGAGCUCCCUGGGCCCUUCCCUGGGCCUCAGGACCUCACCUACCAUCCCGUCUGCCCUGCAGGAUGUCCCAGCUGAGCCUGUCCUGGCUGGGCCUCGGGCCGGUGGCAGCGUCCCCGUGGUUGCUCCUGCUGCUGCUCGGGGUCUCCUGGCUCCUGGCCCGUGUCCUGGCCUGGACCUACGCCUUCUAUGACAACUGCCGCCGCCUCCGGUGUUUCCCGCAACCCCCGAAACGGAACUGGUUCUUGGGUCACCUGGGCCUGGUCACCCCCACGGAGCAGGGCAUGAGGGUCCUGACUCAGCUGGUGGCCACCUACCCCCAGGGCUUUAAGGUCUGGAUGGGCCCCAUCAUCCCCGUCAUCCGUUUUUGCCACCCCAACCUCAUCCGAUCUGUCAUCAAUGCCUCAGCUGCCAUUGUACCAAAGGAUAAGGUCUUCUACAGCUUCCUGAAGCCCUGGCUGGGGGAUGGGCUCCUGCUGAGUGCUGGUGACAAGUGGAGCCGCCACCGUCGGAUGCUGACACCCGCCUUCCAUUUCAACAUCCUGAAGCCCUAUAUGAAGAUUUUCAAUGAGAGUGUGAACAUCAUGCAUGCCAAGUGGCAGCUCCUGGCCUCAGAGGGCAGUGCCCGUCUGGACAUGUUUGAGCACAUCAGCCUCAUGACCUUGGACAGUCUGCAGAAAUGUGUCUUCAGCUUUGACAGCCAUUGUCAGGAGAAGCCCAGUGAAUAUAUUGCCGCCAUCUUGGAGCUCAGUGCUCUUGUGGCAAAAAGACACCAGCAGUUCUUCCUGUACAUAGAUUUCCUGUAUUAUCUCACCCAUGAUGGGCAGCGUUUCCGCAGAGCCUGCCGCCUGGUGCACGACUUCACAGACGCCGUCAUCCAGGAGCGGCGCCGCACCCUCCCUAGCCAGGGUGUUGAUGACUUCCUCCAAGCCAAGGCCAAAUCCAAGACUUUGGACUUCAUUGAUGUGCUCCUGCUGAGCAAGGAUGAAGAUGGGAAGAAGUUGUCUGAUGAGGACAUAAGAGCAGAAGCUGACACCUUUAUGUUUGAGGGCCAUGACACCACGGCCAGUGGUCUCUCCUGGGUCCUGUACCACCUUGCAAAGCACCCGGAAUACCAGGAACGUUGCCGGCAGGAGGUGCAAGAGCUUCUGAAGGACCGUGAGCCUAAAGAGAUUGAAUGGGACGACCUGGCCCAGCUGCCCUUCCUGACCAUGUGCAUGAAGGAGAGCCUGCGGCUGCAUCCCCCAGUUCCUGCCGUCUCCCGAUGCUGCACCCAAGACAUUGUGCUCCCAGACGGCCGGGUCAUCCCCAAAGGUGUUAUCUGCCACAUCAGUGUUCUCGGAACCCAUCACAACCCAGCUGUGUGGCCGGACCCUGAGGUCUACGACCCCUUUCGCUUUGACCCAGAGAACGUCAAGGAGAGGUCACCUCUGGCUUUUAUUCCCUUCUCGGCAGGACCCAGGAAUUGCAUCGGGCAGGCGUUCGCGAUGGCCGAGAUGAAGGUGGUCCUCGGGCUCACGCUGCUGCGCUUCCGCGUCCUGCCGGACCACACUGAGCCCCGCAGGAAGCCGGAGCUGGUCCUGCGCGCAGAGGGCGGACUUUGGCUGCGGGUGGAGCCCCUGAGCUGAGUUCUGCAGAGACCCACUCUGACCCCAUUAAAAUGACCCCUGAUUCAUCAAAAGUGAAGCACAGAAUUACCCUAUGACCCUAUUCCACACUCCUGUAUUGCAUCCUAGAUACCUACUCAAAAUAAUUGAGACAGGUGUUCAAACAAAAAGACGCUUGUGCAUGAAUGUUCAUGGCAGCCCUAUUCACAAUGGCCAAACGAUGAAAACAACCCCAAGGUGUGUAUUACCAGAAGAAAUGGUAAACAAAAUGUGGUCCACCCAUACAAUGGAAUAUUACACAACCAUAAAAAGGAAUGAAGCAGUGAUCCCUACUACACUGUGGAUGAACCUUGAAUACAUGAUACUGAAUGAAAGACAUCAGAUGCAAAAGGUCACACAGUGUGCAGUCCUUUUAUGUGAAAUUUCCAGAACAGGCCAACCUGAAGAGAUGUAUAGCAGAUGGGUGGCUUUCAGCAGCUGUGGGGAGGUGGGACUGAGGAGCGACUGCUAAUCAGGAUGGGGUUUCCUCCUGGGAUGGUGAAAAUGUUCCGGACCUAGAUAGUGACGAAGGUAGCACGACAUUGUGAGUGCACUAAACGCUGUUGAAUUGGACACUUUAGAAUGGUUGAAAUGGUGAUUUUCAUGUGAAUUCUACCUAAAAAUGCUAUUAUAGCUCAUAUAUUCUUUUUUCCAUCUGUAUUAUUCACACAGGAAUAUGUUGUGAGCAUCUUAGGAAACAUUAUUUUGUGUUUUUCAAAAUGUGUAUGUUAAGUAUUCAAAUCAGUCUUAAAUGUUUUAAAAUAUGUAAUUUUAGAAAAUAAUGUAAAAGGGUUUUGUCUCAGUUUGUAAGAUUUCUUUUCAUGCACAUUAAUGGCUUGAAGUAUCAUUAUCAGUUAGAAAUCGAGUUGUUCUUCAUCAAAUGACUUUUGGAAUAGAGAUCUUAUUUUUAUA